CGUAACAUCAAUUAUAUUAUGUGCGCGCGGRAAAUGCGAUUUUCAUAAACGCAACGUGUGCUAAAUGUGUCCAACGGCAGUGAAACUAAUCAAUUGCGGAUACUUUGUCUUGAUGAAUACAAACAAGCAUUUCUAAUUGUUUUACAAAGUGCAAUUAAAUAACUAAUUUAAUAAGUUUACUUUGUGUAAAAGAACAAUAGUGAACCAAGGAAGCAGUUACUAAUAUUUACCGAAGUUGAAAACUGUGCUAAAAAUAAAGUUGUAGUGCCAAAUUGAACGCAGCAAUAUUUAUUUUCGAAAAUGUUGUCCACCACAACGUCACAUCCCAUCAUGGCUCCCGUUAUGCGUCCAGUUCAGGAAGGUCCUGUAUCAAGACCACGCGCUGUCUACAGCAUCGAUCAAAUUUUGGGUACGCAGACGAAGAGAAGAGAUUCCACCGAGUCCUUGAACAGCCAUCAAAUACAUAUUCUCCAUAACAACAACAAUAACAUGAAUAAUCACAACCUAAGUAAUAGCUCUAGUAACGGCAAUAGCAGCAACAAUAAUAUGAGUAGCAUGAAUUCGUUGCAUCACAGUCAUCACUUGACUCAACGCGACGAGUCGCCRACAAACAUGGACAACGGUCUUGAUGUGGACAAUGACGACGAGUUGUCGAAUAGUCUGAAUAGYGGACAUGAUUUGGGCGACAUGGARCGACCGCGUAAGGUUCGAAGAUCGCGCACCACAUUCACAACAUUCCAGUUGCACCAACUGGAGCGCGCCUUCGAGAAGACGCAGUAUCCGGAUGUCUUCACAAGGGAAGAUCUGGCGAUGCGCUUGGAUUUGAGCGAAGCACGUGUACAGGUGUGGUUUCAGAAUCGUCGUGCCAAGUGGCGAAAGCGCGAAAAAUUUAUGAAUCAGGAUAAAAACGGAUAUUUGUUACCUGAUCAAGGUCUGCCUGAUUUUCCACUUGGCCUACCAAUUCCGCACGGCAUACCCGGCCAUCCGGCCACCUUGCCACCCGAGUUCUGGCCACCACACUUUGCCUUACAUCAACACUUCAACCCCGCGCUGUUGCCACCCAGCCUUGUUCCGCACUACAAAUUGCCCAACUUCCAUACCCUCCUGUCGCAAUACAUGGGCUUGAGCAAUUUGAAUGGCAUCUUUGCUGCUGGCUACCCGCAGAAUCUGUCGCUGCACUCRGCGGCGCAAGUGAGUCCACCAUGCAGCAAUAGUCCGCGUGACAGCCCACCCAGCCAGUCGCAAGCGAGCCUCGUCUCGUUGGUGCCCACCUCCAUGGUGGCGGGUGGCGUUACGUUCACCUCGUCGGCUGCAGCCUCGCCCAAAAGCCCGUUGGCGCCAAGUGUGGCGAGCAGCGCCUCAACGCCCGUCUCGGUGGUGACCAAAUGUGAGGACUGAACUUUGCUCUGAAGCAGCUACGGUCGUUUGGUGGCGGUGGUUACGGUUUAGUCGCAGAGCAAAUGUGUGUGCGUUAAUUGUUUCACGCUGAAUACUCUUAAGUAGAUCGGACUAAGUAUUAAUAUGAGUGCUAAGAAAUUUGAUUUGUAAAUAAAUAAAAUAUCAAAUAAUUUAUAUUGAACAAUAGGAGUURGUAACUUUUACGUUUUGAGAGACGAAGGGCAAGUGAUAAAGACUUGUAAGCRAAAUUAUGCCCAUACUUAUACGUACAUAUGUAUAUUUUAGUAUUUAUCUCCAGAGA